AUGUCGCAAACGCCAGAGAAACCCGUCGAAUCCCCUACCGACCACAGUGUAUUGAAUCCUCAGCUUGAUGAGAAGCAUGACCAACCGCUCGACACCACCAGGUCUUCUGGACAGACUUCUCGUGAACAGUCCCCUCAACCAGAACCAGCCAAGGCCCCAUACAAUCCCUGGGCUGAUCCAGCCUCGUUUCCCGAUGGCGGACUGCGUGCCUGGCUCACUGUAGCCGGAGCAGCUGCAUGCAUGUUUGUCUCUUGGGGAUGGAUCAACUGUGUCGGCAUCUUCCAGGACUAUUACAUGCGAAACCAACUCUCGAAUUAUUCAGCCAGCACCAUUGCUUGGAUUCCAGCAGUGCAAACGUUCUUCAUGCUGGCGAUCGGCCCUUUUGCUGGUAAAGCGUUCGAUGAUUUCGGCCCAAGCAAACUCUUAAUAUUCGGGAGUUUCCUUCACGUGUUUGGGAUCAUGAUGGCUUCCAUAUCGAAAGAGUACUACCAAUUCAUGCUCAGCCAAGCUGUAUGCUCCUCCAUCGGUGCAUGCUGCAUCUUCACAUCUGCGGUGUCGUGUCUUCCGACAUGGUUUUUCAAGAAACGAGGCAUGGCGAUUGGCCUCUCAGCUUCUGGGAGCUCCUUGGGCGGUGUCUUGUUCCCCAUCAUCGUCAGUCGGAUGAUCCGCGAAACUAGCUUCGGCUGGACGAUGCGAACUUGCGGGUUCCUGGUCUUAGGUCUCUGUUUGUUUGCCAUUAUCACUGUGCGCAGCCGACUACCGCCAAGAAAGACUCCAAUGACCUUGAUGGCUUUCAUCCGCCCUCUGUCUGAGCCGCCAACCUUGUUCACCAUCUUGGCGCUUUUUAUGUUCUACUGGGGAAUGUUCCCAAUUUUCAGCUUUAUAACGGUGGUUGCCAAUGGACGUGGGAUGUCGUUGGAGCUGUCCCAGUAUCUGGUGUCAGUUCUCAACGCAGGAUCAGUCUUCGGUCGAACCUUGCCUGGUAUCCUCGGCGACAAGAUCGGCCGAUUCAAUGUCAUGAGCAUAUUUUGCAUGUUCACUGUCAUUCUUGUGCUUGGCCUUUGGAUACCUGCGAACACGAAUGCAGGUCAAUUGGUGUUUGCCCCUCUUUUCGGCUUCAGUUCUGGCGCGGCUAUUGGCCUGACACCGGCUCUUAUUGCACAGAUUUCACCCAUCAAGGAGAUCGGUGUUCGGGUGGGUGCUGCUUUCGCGGCAGGCUCAAUCGGAGCUCUGACAGGAGCUCCCAUCGGUGGCGCUUUGAUUGCUCGCGACAAUGGUGGCUUUCUCUACCUUCAGUUGUUCAGUGGCUGCACUUGUUUCGUCGGUGCCUUGCUGUUCAUCCUUGCGAGGGUCAAAGUUGGGGGCACAAAUCCAAUGACAAAAGUCUAA